AAAUCUACAGCAGCUGACGGAGCUGUCAAAACAGCCGGUGAGCGAGUGUGUUGCUCUGCAGCGAUGAGGACGAGUGAGUUUGACUCUUCAUCUGAAGAAGAGGAUGCUGCAGACCAGCAGCUCGCACCCUUCCAAGUCUCCUGGUUACCUCUGUCCGUAGUGGAGAGCUCGCAGUUUCUGGGGAUUUGUGCACUACCAGGCUGCAAAUUCAAAGACAUCCGCCGGAGUCUGGAGAGAGACGUUGAGGAGCUGCAGAGCCAGGGGGUGCAGGAUGUGUUUGUUUUCUGCACCAGAGGAGAGCUGAGUAAGUACCGGGUACCCUCCCUGCUGGAGGUGUACGAGCAGCGAGGUUUCACCGUGCAUCACACUCCCUUCCCCGACGGAGAGGCACCGCCGAUGGAGCUGAGCUGCAGGAUCCUGGAGGAGCUGCAGCUCAGCAUGCGGAGCAGCAGGAGGACCGUCAUACACUGCUACGGAGGCCUGGGACGCUCGGGAUUAAUCGCCGCCUGCCUGCUGCUGCAGCUCUCUGUAACGAUGACUCCUAACAAAGCCAUAGAGAUCCUGAGGGAGCACCGAGGAGGAGGAGCCAUUCAGACGGUGAAGCAAUACAACUUCCUGCAUGAGUUUCGGGAAAGCUUCGCAGCGUACCAGCAGAGCAGAGAGGUUUCCACAGAGCGCGGCGCGUCGCGGUGAAAAUUAAAUAUGUAUUUCCGCUAACGUGUGUGUGUGUGUGUGUGUGUGUGUGUGUGUGUGUGUGUGUGUGUGUGUGUGUGUGUGUGUGUGUGUGUGUGUGUGUGUGUGUGUGUGUGUGUGUGUGUGUGUGUGUGUGUGUGUGUGUGUGUGUGUGUGUGUGUGUGUGUGUGUGUGUUUUUUUUUUGUUAAACUGGAGGGCUUUCUGUCUUUAUAGAAACGUGUAUCCAAUCAGCUGCAUCUUCUGAAUUUUUCUCCAUAUUUGUAACUUUGCAAGCUGGUACUUUACUGCUACAUGUUAUUGGCAAGGUGCUAUAUACAUUGUUUUAAUUGCAUAUCUACUGGCUUCCAGAGGAGAAUCGCACAGAUCCUUAAAAUGUUUAAAAAAGGCUUUGAACUCAAUUAUCAUAAGAUUAGACGUAUUGGUAAUAAAUAUCUUUGAAAAAUG